AUCCGCAGAAGGGGCGUAGUUUCUAAACCUACUGACUAGUCUGUAGCUGGCAGCGGAUAACGUUUCCCUUUAUAAACAGGGUCUUUUCUUCUCCCCUCGGAUAUUCCUCAACUUUCAGGAGAAGAUGAGCUGAUCCACGGACACGGACAGUGGGGGCCUCAGCUGUCAGUGAUGGAUGACCUGUGGAGUGUGGCUGGAGCCGUGUUCCAGGUGUGGGUGUUUGUGGUGCUGUUCCUCAUCAUGCUGCCUGCCAUGUUUGGACUGUCCCUGGGGGUCACUGGGGUCUACAUACAGGUUUUGGUCAAAAUUCUGGAGUGGGCUACAGUGCGAAUCCAGAGAGGACGCAUGGAGCAGCCCAGUGUACCUGUACCUCUGCCAAAUGGGAUUAUUGAGCGAGCAGGGGGAUCCAUGGAGGAGGAGAUUGGGGAGCUGCGGAACUCGUUUGCUCUGAGCGAUGCCUUCUAUUUCUACAAGAAAGGUUUAGAGAGCAUUGUGGAUGACCAGGUGACCCAGCGCUUCUCCUCUGAGGAACUGGCCUCUUGGAACCUCCUCACACGCACCAACCAGAACUUCCGUUACAUCAGUCUGCGCCUCACCAUCAUCUGGGUCCUGGGUGUCUUCGUUCGCUACUGUAUCCUCUUCCCACUCAGGAUUACUCUGGCAAUCAUUGGCCUCUCAUGGCUUGUGAUCGGAACAACAUUAGUUGGAUUCCUACCUGAGAACAGUGUGAAGACCUGGUUGAGCGAGCUGGUCCAUCUGACGUGUUACAGGAUCUGUGCCAGAGGACUGUCAGCCACCAUCCGUUACUACAACAAAGAGAACAAGCCACAGAAAGGAGGAAUAUGUGUUGCAAAUCACACUACACCAAUCGACGUGGUUAUUCUGGCCAACGAUGGCUGCUAUGCAAUGGUGGGUCAGAUUCACGGAGGCUUGAUGGGGGUCAUUCAGAGGUCAAUGGUGAGGUCCUGCCCUCAUGUGUGGUUCGAGAGGUCGGAGAUGAAGGACCGCCACGCUGUGACCAGUAGGCUGAGGGCUCACGUUGCAGCUAAGACCAAACUUCCCAUCCUAAUAUUUCCUGAAGGAACCUGCAUCAACAACACUUCGGUCAUGAUGUUUAAGAAGGGAAGCUUUGAAAUUGGAGGGACAAUAUACCCAGUUGCAAUCAAGUACGACCCACGUUUUGGUGAUGCUUUCUGGAACAGUGGCAAGUACAACAUGGUCAGUUACCUGCUCAGGAUGAUGACCAGCUGGGCCAUAGUAGUCAAUGUGUGGUACCUCCCACCCAUGACCCUGCAGGAUGGGGAGGACGCUGCUCAUUUUGCCAGCAGAGUGAAAUCAGCCAUCGCUCAUCAGGGGGGGCUGCUUGACCUCGAUUGGGACGGAGGCCUUAAGAGAGGAAAAGUGAAGGAUUCAUUUAAAGAAGAGCAGCAGAAGAUGUACAGCAGUAUAAUUGUGGGACAAAAUGGCAUCAGUUCUUGUAGUCAGAGCACAAAGGUGGAAUGAUUUUUGGACAAUCCCUUCGACAAUCAUUGCUGUUAUCUUUCAGCCAUGUUACACACGGUGAAUUGUGAAUGGCUCCUUUUAUUCCCUUUAUUUGGAGAGAGGACUGUGACAAGAUGCUGAAUCUCCAGGAAACCUCAAAUAACUCUCCUUGAUUGUCUGAUCCAUUUUUUUGUGGAUUUUACAUUUCGACCAAAGUCUUAUACCGAAAGUCAGCCUUAAAAUCUUAUUGUUAUUUUAGCUCAGGUCCUGUGCCAUAUCUAUCAAACUACUUAAAAACAUCUAUAUCACUAGUCAAAGAGCCAACUAAGGACAAAAAUAAUGUGCCCUAAAGUUAUUUUCACCCUAAAACAUACAGAAAGGGUUUGAGAGUAGCUGCAAAAUGAUAUAUUUGGAGGAUUUACUGCCUUACCAGCAGCUCUUUGAGUCUGGCUGAACUGAAUGCUAAUGUCAUAAUGCUAAGGACAAUGCCAAUGUGGGCUUUUAAGAGAUAAAGAUGCAAACAGAUUUUAAAUAAUAAGAACAAUAACCAAAGCAACAUCAUUUUUGUUUGCUUAUGCCCACUGAAAUGGGUAUUUGAGCUUAAAGUAAAGCAGAUUCUGAUUCAUUACAACCAGUGGAACAGUGGACAAUGAGUCUUAAACUUGUCCCACUCGUCUAAGUCUGUAUUCACAAUAGUAAUAAGCUCAAGUUGAUAGCAGUUUGAUAAAUACAGGCCCUGACGUCCUUUCUUGUUGUAGGAUUGUUUUUUCACCAGCAGGAGGCAGUGUUUGCAUGUACAAUAAUCCUGUUAAUAUAGGAUUGUGUUCAUCAUACUGAACUACUAGCUCCUCAGCAUACCACUUGUUAUCAGAGGUUUGUUCACACAUUUAACUUGUGCUUUCUUUUUUAUGAUCAUCUCAAUGCAAGUUCUUCCUCAUAUGAGGCUUAAUGUUGUAAUGUUUGUAUACAUUGUUUUUAAAAACCAAAUGUUUGUUGUUUUAAGCUGCUUUUUACUUGCUCUUUAUGGAUUUCUGUUUACAUGAAAAAUGUAAUUGAUUCUUAAAAAAAAUACAUUGAAAACCAGUGACAAAUAUAUGUUUUACGUUGAGGAGUCUAGUCAGGAACAGAACUAUUGAGGUCAAAUCCACCUUUCCCACACCUCCAUCCUCAUGAGAUUUUGACCCGCUAUUUUACAUGAAGUGUCAUUUUAAAGCCCUGUCAAUUAAAGAUCAAGUGGAACCUAUUUUAUUUCUGAUCAAAUAGUUUCAUACAUUUCAGCAGAACUGAGUACAUUAAUUGUCCUCAGCACAGCAGUUCUCUCAGGUCAAGAGCUAGUUAUGUCUGAAUACAAGGUUAUUUAUUUGAGUCACUUGUAGCCUAUAGAAACCUAUUUUGACUCAGUUUAUAUUGUUGUUGUUUUUUUUCUUCUUUUUGAUUAAUUAUUAGGUGUAAAAGUCUGAAAUAAUCCCUCUAGUUAUUGGGAUUGCUGAAGGGCAGUGUUUGUCCUUAUAAACACAAAUCCAUUACUUGUCUUCUGUAAUGGGAGGCAGUGGCGGAGAACGAAUAAGGCGACGUGGAGGAAAGAAUAGCAUGGUCCCCACUAAAAGGCUUGCACAGUCGAGUACGGCUGAAACAUGUUUACUGUGACGGUGCUUUAAUAAAGAAAGCAGAGACUGUGAAA